AUGUCGUUCAAUCUGGUGACUUGCGGCUUUGCUCCUGCCGGAUAUAGACCUGGUGUGACAUUUGUUUCGCCAUUGAUGCACCCUACAACUUUUGUAUUUCCUCCAACUACCUUGUGGUCGACGCGCACUUCUAGAUUCAUAGAGGAUAGAUCCGGUGGCCGAACCACGAGUGUUACACUAGAACUACUGGAAGGCAGCCUAUGUGUCUAUCAUCGAAGGAUGACUGAAGAUGAGUACAAUAUCAUACCUGUCUGCACGUCAGCCAAAAAGUUACCGUGGUCAAAUUUCAUUCAUGUUUUGAAAGUAUUAAUGUUGGCUGAUCGACAGGAACGCCAGUCAAAUAUUGACGAAGCGUUUGCGAUUCUCGACCAACAAACAAAAUUAACAUCUGGUAGCAAUACAAAUAUUCCAGAUGGCCUGAUUUCAUCUGAUGAGUUCCGAGCCUUUUUGUCGAUCAUUUGCCCACAGGCGUACAUUGAUGUCUGCGUCCGUCUCGCUGAUACAAAUCGAAGCGGUCAAAUCGAUCGAUCUGAAUUUACUCGGAUGAUCCGGUCUGGACUGAGCAGAGACAUCGUUUGUGGACUCAUAUAA